GUCUGCUGUGGCCGGUCUGGGAGGGUUGAGCCCUGGUCCAGCCCCGAGUGGAGAGCGAGCCUCUCACCAUGACAGCCUGUUGCAGCUGGAACGAUGUUUUCCAGUAUGAGACAAACAAAGUCAUCCGGAUCCAGAGCACGAAUUAUGGCACCAUUAAAUGGUUCUUCCAUGUGUUGUUCUUUUCCUACAUUAGCUUUGCUUUGUUGAAUGACAAGCGGUACCAAUGGAAAGAACCUGUUAUCAGUUCUGUGCAUGCCAAGGUGAAAGGGAUGGCAGAGGUGAAAAAGGAGAUUAUGGAGAACGGACUGAAGAAGAUAGUAUGGAAUGUCUUCGACACGGCAGAUUACACUGUCCCCUUGCAGGGGAACUCCUUUUUUGUGAUGACAAACUUUCUCAAGAUAGAAGGCCAAGAGCAAGGGUUGUGUCCCGAGUAUCCCACCCGCAGGACGCUCUGUUCCUCUGACCAGGGUUGUAAAAAGGGACGGAUGGGCCCAAAGAGCAAAGGAAUCCAGACCGGCAGGUGUAUAGAGUAUAAAGGGAAGCAGAAGACCUGUGAAGUCUCCGCCUGGUGUCCAGUCGAGGAAGUGGAAAAGGCCCCAGAGCCUGCGCUCUUGGGCAGUGCUGAAAACUUCACUGUGCUCAUCAAGAAUAAUAUCGACUUCCCCAGCCACAACUACACCACGAGAAACAUUUUGCCGGAUUUAAACGUCACUUGCACCUUUCACAAGACUCAGAAUCCACAGUGUCCCAUUUUCCGACUAGGCGAUAUCUUCCAAGAAACAGGAGAUAAUUUUUCAGAUGUGGCAAUUCAGGGAGGAAUCAUGGGCAUUGAGAUCUACUGGGACUGCAACCUGGACAGUUGGUUCCAUCACUGCCGUCCAAAAUACAGUUUCCGUCGCCUUGACGACAAGACUGCCAAGGAGUCCUUGUACCCUGGCUACAACUUCAGAUAUGCCAGGUACUAUAAGGAAAAUAAUAUCGAAAAGCGGACCCUGAUAAAAGCCUUUGGGAUCCGUUUUGACAUCCUGGUUUUUGGCACCGGAGGAAAAUUUGACAUUAUCCAGCUGAUCGUGUACAUCGGUUCAAACCUCUCUUACUUUGGUCUGGCCACUGUGUUCAUUGACUUUCUCAUCAACACUUACUCAUAUAAAUGCUGUCGAUCCCGUAUUUAUCCCUGUUGCAAGUGCUGUGAACCCUGUGCAGUCAAUGAAUACUACUACAGGAAGAAGUGUGAAUCCAUUGCAGAGCCAAAGCAGACAUUAAAAUAUGUGUCCUUUGUGGAUGAACCCCACAUUAGGAUGGUAAACCAAAGGCUACUUGGGAAAAGUCUGCAGGAUGUUGAAGGUGAAGAAGUGCCAAGACCCCCGAUGGACUUCACAGACUUGUCCAGGCUGCCUCUGUCUCUUCACGAGCCACCCCCCAUUCCUGGACAACUAGAGGCUAUCCAGCUGCUCAGUGAAGGGGCAACCCCUCGAUCCAGUGACUGCCCGAAUUGGUGCCAGUGCGGAAAGUGCCUCCCAUCUCAACUCCCUGAGAGACAAAGAUGCAUGGAGGAGCUGUGCUGUCGGAAAAAGAUGGGUGCCUGUAUCACCACCUCAGAGCCGUUCAAGAAGCUUAUCCUGUCCAGACAUGUCCUACAGUUCCUCCUGCACUACCAGGAGCCCUUGCUGGUGCUGGAUGCAGAUUCUACCAACAGCCAACUGCGGCACUGCGCCUACAGGUGCUAUACUACAUGGCGCUUUGGCUCCCAGGACCUGGCUGACUCUGCCAUCCUGCCCAGCUGCUGCCGCUGGAGGAUCCGGAGAGAGUUUCCCAAGAGGGAAGGCCAGUACAGUGGCUUCAAGAGUCCUUACUGAUGUGCUGAGCAGUCAUAUAACAUUGCCUUUGCUUGCACCUUGAGCUUCACCUGCAAAGAUGUGUGUCCAGAUUUUCAGCCAAAGGGAAAUGUGCUUUCCUCCUCCCCCAGCUCUGUAUGUGCUAGAGAGCAAAGUGACCAGGGUAAACAAACAGCAAAUAAACUAGAAUCCCUCAGCAUGGACUGAGAGUCAAGAGAUUAGGAUUUAUAUCUCCAUUCUAUCCCUAGGAAGUUGUGUGAUCCUAGGCCUUUAACCUCUGUACCUCAGUUGCCUUAUUAUCCAACCUAUUGUUUCACAGGGAUAUUAGGAGAGAAAAUUGAGACAGUGUACACAAACUCUCUUAUUAAUGCAUAAAGAGCUACAUGAAUAUGAAGCAGCUCAUUUUGAGGUGAGACUAGGAUAAUGUCCAACUAUCAACAAACCCUUGGGUCCUGGUUAAAGAAUGGGGAGGAUUAAAAGUUUUGGCACAAAUUUUUUGGCAUUUGACCUAUAGGACCUGAGGGGUUAUAUCUCCUCCCCUUGUGUCUUGGCAGCUCUGCUCACUUUAUCCAAUGAUAAAGUGAUGCUGUGUCAGGUUCAGGGUCUUGGUCUUAAGAUGCUGUCCGCUUCCACUUCCUGUCCUUGAAACUCUUGCUGUGAAGGAAGCAAGCUCCCAUAUAAAAAUCUGCCUAUACUGAGUCCACCCUGCUGUGAAGAAGCUCGAGCAACCGUGUGAAGAGGAGAGAUGCCCCAGCAUUCAAGCCAUCCAAGCCCAUGGGAGAGAAGAAGCCUUCAGAUGAUUCCAGAUCCUGCUAACAUAUGAGUGCAACUGCAUCAGACAACCCAAGUGAGAGCUACCCAGUGAACCCACAGAACAAAAAUUGUUAUUUUAAACCACUAUGUUUUGUGUUGUCUGCUACAUAGCGACAGAUAACUGGGACAGAGAGCAAGCCUGAUUCAUGGGACGUAGACUCAGCCCACAUCUUCUCUGGGUCCAAGACAUGUGUCCAGAUUUUCAGCCAAAAAAUCCCUGGAGCCCCUUGGGGGCUUGGGUUUCUAUUUGGCAGUUCUAGAAGAGCUGCAGACCAAAUCAGGUAACUCACCAGACCAGCCCUGGAAUCCAUCAAAUCUAACUGCUGAGCUACCCAAUACAUUUCAAUCCACAUCACAUUUCUAUGACUGGAAGGUGUUUCUAGCGCCUUGUGGAGACCCCAGAUGGAGUCAGCAUUUGGAAUGACAAAUAAUCACUGGAUCCACCUGUUGUUUUCACCUUUCCCAGAUGCUCUGGGUGAGAAGGUGAGAGGGUGAUGUGUUACAUUAACUAUGUGCAAAAUGUCUGACACUUCCUACAACAGCAUGCGUCAUAUUUAUAUUCUUAUUUUUGGUCUACAGUAGAAAAUAGUGUCAUCGCCAAAGGCAUCCCAAGGAAAGUCACAUUUUGUAGGAUCUGUUUUUUGUACUUAAAUCCAUUCUCCUGUUUUAGUAAUUGCACGGUAUUCACUGCUUCAUCUCUGUAUUGGAGAUCUGCUUUCUUGUAACACUGCCUGAUUUCAUGUAGCAUUGGUUAUGGACUUGCAUUCCUCUCUUUAGAGGGAACCAUUUUUAAAACGCUUCC